AUGGCAGUGAUGCGUCGGCAAUGCAUCGGAAUCCUAAGUGUUCGGAAGAAUCGACGUGCAGUGUCUAUGACCUCGAAGGCUCUCCUUGGACAAAGACGAUAUAGGCAAUCUCUAGAUCUCCUUGCAAAGUCUAGAGAUCAAUAAAAUGAGUCAUCAAAUCGUCUCCGGCGGCUGUCACCCGGCGGAGUGAAAAAACAACGACUUUACGGCUCUCCGGCGGCUGUCACCUGACAGAGAGGAGCUAGAUGGAGGUGGGGCACGUGUCAAGGAGCUUCAUCCUCAGGUCUGCACAGCAAGAGGAGGCUCUUGAUCGCAUCUGGUACGCUCUCAAGAGGUGGCAACUCGUCUCCCAGCAGAUCGUCCUCUUCCUAACGAUGGCUUGUUCGUCGAUCAAUCGGAGAUGCUUUACUCGAUAG